GGAUGCCUGACUCUUCCGCGAGUCCAAAUGAGUUUGAAAUGACCUGUGCCAUCAAUUAUGCGCUCGUAGACAUUAGGUGGUAGGUAUCGUAUCGUAUCGCAUCGCAUCGUAUCGUAUCGUUCCCCAUGCCGUCAUUCCUCAUGAGCAUGUGCUAGCUCUUUACAUCCAGACAAAGAAUCCUACAUUGACCACCGCGAGGCUGAUCAAGGGUAUGACAAUUCGCAUGUUCAGACUGCUAGCCUCUCCGAUGUACCCAUCGCUAGAUCCUCCAGGGCCAAUGUAUCCUCCGCUGUUCCCUAGUGUCGUUUGUAGGCUGUUUCCAUUGUAUACUGUCGUUGUGUAACUUGCUCCUGCCGCAGCUGAUCCAUAGACUACGCAAGCUCCUACAAAAUCCCGACAUGCGCUUGCUGCAUCGGCUGUGGUAUCUGCCGCGCCUAUUGAGACGGUUGUGGUGGGGGUGACUGUCGUUCUGGAAGUCUCGCUGUUUCCAGCGUAGACCGUGGUGGUAUAUGGCGCUGCCCCUUCGGCGCCGUAGACAACGCAUGCGCCGACAAAAUCAUUGCAUGCACCACUUUCCGUCGCAGUGACUGUCGUAGUCGCAGUUACCAGUGUCGUGGAGGUCUGGCAGGUUGCUAUCGUGGGUAGGAGCAAAGUCGCGAGAAUCCUGAUCAAUGCCAUUGUGGUAGGGUCGAUCGCUAUCGUGGCUCAGGAAUGAACGAAUGGGUCAGUCUUCGAAGCUCAUCUGCCGGCCCGCCGCAGCUGAGCUGGUUGUUUGCCAGCUUUCUUCAUCCAGAGUCGCUCCUUCGACUUGGCCUCUCCACAACCCGAUCUUUACAGUACCUUGACGUCAGCAACGAAGAGGCUUGCAAGGUCACCUACGGCCUUGAACGUUCUUAUGGAAGACUUGAAGUUCACAAUAGAUCCAAGCGGGAACGCACGCAAUGGGAAAACAAGAGUAUCUCAAUCGAGCAUGGGCGUAAAUUCAUUCACCUCAAGCCCAUGCCAAGAGACCGCAUGUGCGUCAUGCUUACGGUAAUGGUCCGAUUAGUCAUAUACUUCAGGAGACUCAGGUCUCCAUGGGAAGUGCAUAGAACGUCUGAGAGCAACCCAGCACUGGCGAGCAGUGGCGAUAUCAUCUGCAAAUUGGCUGCGUGGAGAGCAGCCACCAAUAGCUCGUACGCCGAGAACCUCUGUAACGAUGUUCCUCCAACACGUGCUAUCAGAAACAUCGUUGUCCUGUUCCCUCAAGCUACGGUCGACAACACUCUUCGGAAGAUUUGGAACGGGACUGAAUAUCCUGGAGGAGCACUUGCUUGCUUUGAUUGCGUUGGCUGGGUUGGGGAGAACGCAGAUCAAAAAGGCGGAGUGCAAAUGGCCGCCAUUGUCAACAUGAAUAUGACCAAGAGUUGCGUAAUACGUAAUACCCAGACACUCCGCCUGUGCCCCUAUCCCUAA